AAUAGUUGGUUGCUAGAAAAUCUAUUUAAUUAUAUACAAAAUUACAUGUUCAGUCGUGGAUGAAUUCCUAUGGUGGAAAAUGCAAAGCUUGAAAAGGAAGUGACUUUUUCUCUGUCCUGAGUCGACUCCUCGACUUGUCGCUUUCUCUGCUUCUUUUAGCACCUCUUAAGCCCACACAAGAAACAGGGGGGGGGCGACAGGGAGAAGCCUCACGGCGGCGUACGGUGGCGUACGGUGGCAGACUGCCGGUCCCUAUAUCUUCUCCCCGGUUCAAUUAGGAUUCUCUCUCUCUUCCAAGGUCGCUUUGUUCUCACGGCAAUUUCUGCUCCGAUACUGGGGCAAAAAGAUUGAUUCUGAAACUUGUUCAUUUCUUUUUCUGAGAAAUUGGUAUUUUCAAUUUGGUAGAAGUCUGGCAGACCUUAAAGGAAUCUUAGCGUUCCUUCGACCCUCUUUGUCUGUAAUUCUAGCUGAUCGAUUUGAUUUCAAGUUAAAGAAAACGAAGAGGUGGGGGAUUUACAGGGUGAAAAUGCUUUGGAUUCUGCGGUUUUCUUGGUUUUUCUCUGCGGCUAUGCUGAUGAUCGUCCUCUCGCCUUCCCUGCAAUCCUUCCCUCCCGCAGAAGCCAUUCGUUCCUCCCAUUUAGACUGGUACCUCCGGUUACCGACGUCGCAGUUUUCCAUUCCCGACCCAUUUUCGUUUCGAAAAGCGGAUGUAUUCCGCAAUGCGGAUGAAUGUGGCUUUUCCGACCCGAAUAUCACCGGGGUGUGCAAUCCCUCUUUGGUUCACGUUGCCAUCACUCUCGAUGUUGAGUACCUUCGAGGCUCAAUCGCCGCCGUUCACUCGAUUCUCCAACACUCCAGGUGUCCGGAGAGUAUUUUCUUCCACUUCCUCGUCUCGGAGAACAAUCUGGCAACCCUAGUCCGGUCCACCUUCCCUGAAUUGAAGUUCAAGGUGUACUAUUUCGAUCCGGCGAAGGUGCGGAAUCUGAUCUCCAGUUCAGUUAGGCAAGCGCUUGAACAGCCGUUAAAUUAUGCCCGGAAUUAUUUAGCUGAUCUUCUGGAACCGUGUGUGCGCAGAGUAAUUUACUUGGACUCUGAUCUCGUCGUGGUUGACGAUAUCACUAAGCUCUGGAAUACAAGUUUGGGUUCUAGAACAAUCGGAGCCCCGGAAUACUGCCAUGCCAACUUCACCAAAUAUUUCACGGCGAGAUUCUGGUCCAACUUCCGACUUUCCGGCACUUUCAGAGGGAGGAAGCCGUGCUAUUUUAACACCGGAGUGAUGGUGAUUGAUCUAGUAAAAUGGAGGCGGUCCGGGUACACAAAACGGAUCGAGAGGUGGAUGGAGAUCCAGAAGAGCGAUCGGAUCUACGAGCUCGGGUCGCUGCCGCCGUUCCUGCUAGUUUUUGCCGGACACGUGGCGCCGAUCGAGCACAGGUGGAACCAGCACGGGUUGGGUGGGGAUAAUCUGGAAGGGCUUACCGUAUGAUUGUUGCCUCUACUAUGCAUAAUACUAUGUGGCAUUAAACUGGCCAUUCUUGUUAGUUGAUUGAUAAUUGACAUAGAACCUCUUGUUAACUACUAUAAAUUCUUGUUUUAUUU